AUCUUAAUUAAAAUCUGUUGUGUAUUUAAGUAAACUGAGUAUAAUUACAGGUUAGCUAAUUUAAUAUUAAAUUAAUUUGUUUUAUUACAAAAAAAUAAUUUUCGAACUUUACUUACAUGGUAUCCCAAAAUAUAUAUUUACCCUAUCAUAUAUAGUGCGAAUAAAUUCGAUAAAAGGACAAGUAUUGAUUUUUGGAAAAAUUCUAAAAAUACAUCAAUAUGGUUAUUAAAUUCCGCACUUUGGAUAUACCGGGUGACGCUUUCAAAUAAUAAAAAUAUACUUUCCCGGUCUUCAAAAUGAUAUUUCUGAAAAAUUAUUUAUAUCUGAUGACAUCACAGCAUUAACACGCAUCACCCUGUAUUUCCCAAUUUUAUAAAUAUGUCAAAAAGUGCAAAAUUUGAAAUAUAAUUGAUAUAUUUUCAAAAAUCAAAAAUUUCCCUACUUUUGACUCGCAUAGUAUACAGAAUAACGAAAAUUUACAUAUUCGAAUUUAUCUGGCAUCUACAAUGUAUUUUACAAAAUUAUUUGUGUUUUUUUUUUUUUUUAAUUGUAUUUACGUAAAUAUAUAGUUGUUUUAAUAACAAACUUAUUUUGAAAAUUAUAAAAAAACAGCUAUACUUAAAUUUCAAAAUGUUAAGGAUACCAUGUUACUAUAUUUAAAUUAAUAUGUCAAAAUUGUUUUAUCUAAAGAUCUUUUUAUAUGCUUAAAAUAAAAUCAGAUGUCUAUAAAAUGAGAGAAUUUUGUGGAAUGUACAGUUGGUGAUCAAAUAUAUAAAUUCUAUAAAUUAAUAUACAUUAUGAUGUCUGUUAAUACCACUUAUUGCUGAUAAAACGCAUUUACACAAUAUUAAUAUAUUAGAUCACACUGUAUAUUUUUAAAAACUCAUGAUGUAUUCUUUCAUUUUAUAUCUACAGUAAAUUUUAAUGAAAUAUUCUACAUUUUCAUAUAUUUCACCAAUAAUAAAUGUAUACAAAGCAAUUUUUAAUAACUAAUUUUUUUUUCAAAUUUUAUAAAUCAUAUUAAGCUUAAAAUAGAAGUGAUAGAAUUAAAAAUAUUAAUAAUUAAUUAAUAAGAUAUUUUUUAAGAUAAAAUUGGCAGUGCAUUUUUUUAUUACACACAAUCAAAAUCUAUGUCUAUUUUAAGCUUUUUUAAACAUCUAUCAUGGUUUUUUCUGUUACAGUACAUUGGGACCCAUUUCAAACAUUCAAAGGGGGUUUCGUACUGAGAAAUACGUAGAAUUUAAUUUAAAUAUCACCUAUCUGUUAAUUUUCAUAUUUUGUGUUUAUGUUUAUUAAUGCCUUUAAAUUUUUAAUUAAAAAUUUUAAUACACAAAGUUAAAAUUUAUAAACUUAUAUUGUACACUUUUAAAAAUUUUGAUUUAAAAAUAAUAAAAAAUAGAAAAGUUUUUAAUAACCACACUAUUAUAUUAUUUAUACAUUUAUGAUUUUGUUUUGAUGUUAUUUAAAUUUGAUAUAAAUGUAUGGUUAACAGCUUUAAUAAAUUUGCAACCAAAGAAUGGAUUUAUUAAAAAUUCACUACGUCAACCACAUUAUCAAAAUACAGCUCUUUGAUUUGUUGAAGGAUUUGAAGAAUUUCCUUAAAUCUUGGUGCCUUUGUACUGCAAGAUUUUAUUUUUGGUUUUGAUGAAUUUGGCAACGUUUCCGAAUUGGUAUCUAUAAUGCCUACAUAUAUCGUUAUUUUAAGUUUAAAUGACUCAAAAUGUCAAAUAAUUCGAGAAUCCUAACUUUACAUUUUUUCGCUAAAAAAGAUUUUUAAAUAAUUUUUUUAAUAUUUCGGAAUUUUUUGAGGAUUUUAUUAUUCAUUUUUGAUUAUUGCCAUGUUUUGUGACAUUUACCCAGGGCAACCCAAAUCACCGGGUUAAAUGGGUCAUAGCAUGGAACGUAAGCCUUUUGGGGCGAAAAUAUAUAUUAUCGCCUGAUAGUGGGAACUAUCGUGUGCUCUGUCAAAUUCAAAGUAAAGUUGCUUAUCGAUGGAAUUUUUUGUUUUUUGCUGGCAAUGAAAUAUGCUUCUAGACGUCAAUAACAAGCCUUUUCUAGCGUUCGGUUUUGCUACUUUCGGUGUAGGAAUUUAGGCCACGUGACUGGAUAUUAACGUUUUUUUAAUGAAAUUUGGAUAUAGCAUAAACUCUUUUUUUCUUGAAUUUAAGAUGAUAUUGCAAGCAUUUUUUAUGUCAGCAAGGGUUUGUAGACAAAAAGCAAUCUGGCGAAAAAUAACCUGUUUUUUUAAAAGUAGGGAUAACAUCUGAAUCAAAAGUCGAAAAGUGGUUUCAUUGCUAUCAAAAUGUUUGUAUAACUGUCAGCUAAGAGCAGGUAUUGCUCUUGCAAGCAUUUUUAUUCAGUAAUACAAAUAUCUUGGGAGCAAUUAAAUCACUUUCGUCUUUCGGUUCCGAUUUUAGACCUAUUUCAAGGUUACAAUAUUUUUUUUUUUUGCAUAUCAAUCCUUUAGUCAACACAAAAAAAUUAUUGCAAUAUCAUCUUGAGUUCAAACAAACUGCGUCUAAGUUCUAUCUCGAAUUUCGUUAAAAAACGUAAAUAUCCGGUCACGUGGCCGAAAUCAGUACACCGGAAGUAGCAAAACCGGACGACAGAAAAUGCUUGCAAAGGGAUUUUUGUAUUGUUAUAGACGUCUAGAAGUAUUUCAUUGCCAGCAAAAAACGAAAAAAUCCAUCGAUAAGCAACUUUACUUCGAAAUUGCAAGAUCACACGAUAGUUCCCCCAUCCAGGACAUAGUACAUAUUGUUUAACCCUACUGCACCGUAUGAAACUACAAAUAGCAAGCAAAAAACAUGAUGUGCCAUUUUUGCAGUUAGAUGAGUGCACUACAAAUCGAACGAAAACAAUAUUUUAUAGAUGGAAAGCAAUACAAAAGAAACUGGUUUUUAUACCCAAAUUUCCCCGGAAAAUUUUAUUACAUCCCUUUAGUACAGGUUUCAACGAUUGGAUUAAAAGUGAAAAAAUUUCGUACCAUGAAUAUCUCCUGCAUAAAGAAAACACUCUCAUACUUGUUAACCGAUCUACAGAAAAUGCGAAUAAUUCAAAAAUUAUUCAAUUAUAUCAAUGAAAAAAGAAAUACUUAUUUCUGGAAAAAUAUUUUAGAACGGUUAGUUGAAGUAUUCAAUUUUUUAAGUUCAAGAGGUUUUCCUUUAAGGGGAAGGGACUCAUAUUAUUGGUAAUACAACCCAAUAAAAAUUAUUUAGGAAGCCUGGAACUGCUAGCAAAAUUUGACUCCAUCUUAACAACAUAAUAUGUUUAAUUUUGGAAAUAAAGGUAUUGGAAAUGUCUCUUAUUUAUCUGUACAUACAAGGUGGCGCAAAAUUAAGCCCCCUAUUUGUUUUUUAUAUAAAAGUAAGAUUAAUUAAAAAAUAAUCAUAUUAUAAAUUAAACAUAUUUAUUUAAAUUCCAAAAAUUUGUUUUGUUACACACUAAAAACAAUAUCGACCAAAUGGACACCCCCAGCAUUAAUGCAAUAAUGAACUCUUUUUAAAAUAUUUUUCAUAACUUUCUCCAACAUUUCAGGUGGUAUUCUGUCAAUUUCUUCCCGGAUGUUGUCUUUUAAUGAUUUUAGUGUUCGAUGAUUAUUUACAAAUACUCUAUCUUUUAGAUAACCCAAUAAGCAAAAGUCUGAAACAGUUAAAUCGGGAGACCAUGGCGGAUAUGCAAUAUCGGCGUUUUUCGAGAUAAGGCGUCCAGGAAAAAUUCUGAUAAACGACAAAUUAUUUUGAUAAAAAAAUUUUACGAUUUCGGCACGUUUUCGAGGCGUAUAUCGAUUCAUAAUGAAUUUCCUAAGUAUCUACUUAGCAACUGACAGAAAAACUCGAACAGAUGCCAACUAGAAACGAAACCAUGACAACAUUCCAUAGGGUACUUGAUUUUGCGCCACCUUGUAUUUAUGAGUUCAUUAAAAUAUUAUGUUCACCUCGUAAUUAAAAAAAGCAAAGUUAUACUUAAUUAUAGAAGAUUCGACGCCCCAUAUUUCCUAUAGUUAAGAAUGAAUUAACUAUUGCGUUAGAUAUUCCAGUAAAAAUGAAACACCCGUUGAAAGAUUUUUAAAAUUUGCAGCAAAUACUGGCCAUCAGAAUUGGAAGCCUAUACCCGUAUUUUAAAGAUUUUAAAAUUGAGUUUCCAUUUCCUAACGUCGCCACAGCACUGCAUAUUUUUUUUUAUUAUUGUAACUACAAAUUACAAUGGCACUUAAAAAGACAAAAAAUUAUUUAGUUUUCUUUGGUACAGAGCAAAUUAUAUUAUAUGAGUAUUCUAUCCACAAAGACUGACCUUAUUUCAUAACUUGAAAAGAAACAAAAAGCUAGGAAAAUAUACAAAUUACUUUUUCUAAUUUUGACGUAUAAAGUGACAUUUCUUGUAAUCGCAACAAGUGUCAAAACAAUCUACUUUACGCAACUAGUUGAAUAAAGUUGAACAUUAUGAAACUGGUUACGAUAUUUUUUUUAAUUCUACUAGAUUGUUUAUUAAAUUGUGUCAUGGUAAAAAAUUACUGUCAUCCAGGCAACCAAUAUUACAACUUUCUUGUAUUGUAGUUUGUUUAUAUUGCUUGUUAAAGGUAUUUAGAUUUUGUAGUGUAUUGUGGUUUAAUUAUUUUGUGUCGAUUUAGAAUGGAAAAUAGGAACCAAAACAACAUUACUACUAGGUUGUAAGUAUAACCAAAAUCUAUUUUUAUAAGUCAACCUGCCCUUCUUUGAUAUAAACUUUCAAUAAUAAUGUAUAUUAUUGAUUUUAAAACCAAAAAAGUUUUCUUAUUUAUUUUAAAGAGAUUUCAUGUACCGUAAGUAGCUCCCCCUACAAUUGGUAUCUGAACUAACAACAAAUUUGAAUUUCUCACCUCCAAAAACCCUUAAAUUCAUAAUUUCGUGAUGUUAUGUCGCCCUGUUGAUAAAAUAUUAAGGAAAAACGAAAUGAAAAUUACAACUUGGUUAUUAUCAACUUUUGGACUAAGGUAAUUUUGGUUGAAUCGCAAUAUUUUACUCAAAGAAUCUGCAGUUUACUGUCUACCAUUAAUUAGCGGACACAGUACAUAGUACAACAAGUCGUUGAGAAUAAAUUAAUAUUAUUUUCUAUUUGUCAAUAAAAUAAAGUUAGGCAUAUGUAACUAACAAUACAAGAAAGUAAUAUUGGUUGCCUAGUUGUCAGUAAUGUUUUAUAAAUGAGUAGUAACUUUUCUAAACGCAUUAUGUCCAUAAUUUUUUUUUUUUUUUUUUUUUUCAGAAACAGGAAUAUUGUAUGUAAUACGUUACAAAAUGCCAUUAAAUUUUUUUUAUAAAAUAUUGUGACAAAAAAAAUGGCUUUUCCAACAACAAAAAACAAAUUUUCUAACAUCAAAAACAGAUUUUUCUACCAACAAAAUCUUUUCUACAUAGAUUGACACAGAUAUAUAAUGUGUACAAACAAAAACAUUAUGUAAUUGAUGACAGGUCCGUCUUUUACCUAGUUUUAAGACGUGAAUAGAAUAUACUGUGGGCCUACUGCCAAAAGCGAUUAAUAAAUUUUAAAUUUUCUGUGAUUAGAGUUAGUCCGUUAUUGAGCGAAAUAUCGGUUACUCGGUCUAAAACUAACCGCUCUGCUUGACAUUAAGUCCAAUGUCAAUCUGUCACAAAAGUGACGUAAAUCUCUGUGGUGGUCCAAAAGUAACCAAGAAAUUAACUUUUUCAGGAACCGCUCUCAAAAAAUCCUGGUUAUACCAGCGGUUAGUAGUCGGUUAAUAACGGACCAUACUCUUAAUAUGACAAAGUCAAAGUCAUUUGUUAAAGUCACUUGUUAAAGUAAUUUGUUAAAGUUAAAGUCAGAUCUACCAAAAGAAAAAAUAUUAAGUCACAUUUUAUACUGCCUGAAAGUAAUAAUUAAAAUGAAUCAAAUAUGAAUUGGUAAUUUUUUGGUAGAUUUGACUUUAACAAGUGAUUUGGUCAUAUUAAAUGAAAUCACAUGAAAUUUGAUUUGGUCACUUUUUGCAGUAAGCGCACGAUAUGCACACGACGUAUAUUGGUAGUAAUUUAUUCCCGCGCCGCUUGCAUAAAUUUUAUUCACACUUCUAUUUGAUAUUGUAGUCUUCAUAAGUAUUAACUCUUAAACUAAAUUACUCUCAAAACGUAAAAACAAACUUAAAUUUUUAGAAAAACUACUUCGGCUCAGCGGACCCGACCACGAAAUUCGCUUCGGCAGUCAACGUGUUAAUAAAUAAAAUCUAUUUUAGGAAUAUUUUAGCAUGUCUAGAAUAAUUUGUAUGAAAUAUAGAUGAAUACUUGUAUUUUUUUUGUACUGCAGCUCUACAGGACUUAUGCACCAGCCGCUUCUGCUAUAAAGUUUGUUUCUGUUAAUAGUUUUUUUUUAUUUUAUUUGAAUUUUAUGUUUUUGUUAAGUAUGAUGGUAAUAAAUUUACUUUUGUUAAUUUCUACAAUAUUGUAUAGCUUCCGCUACCAAUCCGAUUUGUUUUCUUAUGAAAAGGGGUUCAUUAUUAUUAUAAAAGAGUUUAAAGAAACAUAGUUAAACAUGAAAUUUUGCAAUAAAAUCGAAUUAGGUGAAUAAUUUAUAGUCGAGGACCUUUAUUAUUUUGGCUCAGCUUAGCAUGAAAAGCUAAAACGAAAUAGAACUAUAAAUAUUGAUAGAUCUAUAAAAUUUAAAGUGAUUGCAUCUGUAGUUCAAUCAUGUGAGUAACAUUUCUGCAGACAUUUUAUGUAUGGGCUUUCAUCAAAUUUAUUAAAAUAUUAUUUACAAAGCUAGAUAAUAAAAAAUACCCAGCAUCUAUAAAAUUAUAAAUAAUAUUAUUUAAAUUGUGUAAAUAUUUAGUAAAAAAAGUAGUUACAAAUAAUUGCUAGGAAUAAUUAAAUUAAAUUCAAACGAGUUACGUAUUUCUCAGCUUUUAAGUCUAAUAUAUCUUAUCAGUAUUGCAACAUUUAUUAAUAUUUUUUUAACAAAAGAAGUUUGAUAACUUAAUUUUUUUUUACAUCGACAUGUUUACCUAAAUCAGUCAGUCGAUAGGUAAAGAGAUUGCCUAACUACAGUUAACAGAUUUUUAGAAUGACUUUCAAGAAUUAGGGAUUUCGUUUUAAUCUUACAAUAAUAUUUAUUAUCAUCUUUUACUUGGGUGUAUACACAAAAACUUUUGCACCAACGGUAUUAAAUAUUUUAUUUUAAAACGAUUUCUAGAAUCGUUUUACUUUUUUAAAAUAAAUUAUAAUUUUUUUCAAAAGCUUUCGGCUUGUUUCCAAAACUACUUUUCAAUUUAAGAAUUUAGCAUUCUUCCAUAUAUGUGGGUGCAAAGUUUUCGAGACACAGAGUUAUAAAUAGGGUCUUUGGUAAUUAUUAAAAGAAUGUGCAAAGAAAUUGAAAUUGUUAAUCACAAAAUUUAUACCUAAAUAAUCAAGAUAUGCUAUAUAUUGUGUCCUUGAUAUCGAUAAUAGUGAUGAAUGGUGUUACCAAGGCAUUAAAAAGUUACAUGGCUUGAUAGAAGAAAAGAUUAAGUGGAGUUGAAGUUAACAAAGAAAUUGACCAGCUGUAUGAUAAGAGGCCAUAAAAUAUAAACGAAGUGAAGAAGAAUGACAAGUAGAUAAUAAUAAGGAGAAGAAGAUCACUGUGUUAUUUAUUGCCUUAUCCACAUUUCGUUUGUAAUUUUAAAAUGAAUUUUUUUGCACACUCCCAUUUAAAUGUGAAGCAUUUCAGUGCCCAAAAACUAGCAAUAUAUAAAAGGCAUUAUUUCGAAUCAAUGAAAAUGAUACAAUAUCAUCCUAAUAUAAAUAUUUUGCCGUCAAAAAUAUUAACAUUUAUACACAUCCACACAUAUAUACAUCUUAAGAUAAUCCACAAAAAAAAACAGGAUUUUUGCGAUCAAUCGAUUUCUUGUCUAUGUACUGAGCAUAUUCAAAUUUUGUUUGCUAGCAAUGCGAACUGACCAAAACUGAGAGUCAGUGGCGUGGGUACGUCAUUAAAUUAUUUAUGAAGGGUUAUAAUAUGGAAUAUGCAUAUAAUUUCAAAAAUACAUUUUAUUGAUAUGGAACGCCACUGGUCCUUUUUUUUGAGAUUUUAUUUUUUCAUUUAUUUUAUCCAAAUCGAUGAUUUACCGAUUUUGAAUUUUGAAGUUUAAAAGUGAAAUGUUUAAAUGAAAAUGGAUGUACACAUCGUACAUCCAGUGUAACAACGUCGUAAGUGCAAACAUCUAUUUUUUACAAGGGACCUAUUUGAAAGUUUUGCUCGUCUUAACUGAAAUGUAAUAAUAGUCAAAUAAUUUAAUAAUUGCUCAUUUAUUGUAUAUGUUAUAUUUACCUCAUUGCUGUACCAGAUGUAAAAGCAGAUUAGACGUAUUUUGUGACUAAAAAGUCACUUUCUAAUAUUUUGCACUUAUGACGUUGUUGCACCGGAUGUGCGACAUGUAGUUCAAAGGUGGUAAAUCAAAAAAAAAAAAAAAAUAGAUUUGAAAAAAAAAAAAAAAAAAAAAAAACAAAGGUGAGAAAUGUUUUUCGCGUUGUCCGAAGAUCAUCCGAUGAAAAAUAAAGGUAAACUAGUGGAAAUAUAUACAGUAGAAGAAAUAACCACAUAUUAAAGAUUUCGAAGUAACCAUGUAAUGUAGUCGUUCUGGAAAAUGAUCAAAUAAUUAGAAAUUGAUGAAUUAUCGAAAAAUUGUGUUUGGCUAAUAGUUCAUUCCUAUUUUUUCAAAAAAUAUGGGGAUGUAACCGCAAUCACUUAGCUGUAGCCUGGAGUAACAGAACUAAUUUAGCUACUACGAGAGACAAUAUCUUAAAAGCACGAAGACUAGUAUAUGUUUGCAUCACCUGUGCAAUAAAAACCUGUCCUAUGGCCGCCAUGGAGGUGAUCUCAAACCUCACCUCUUUACAUAUAAUGGUAGAGAAUGUGACAAAAAGGACAAUAUAUAAAAUGAUUAGGAACGGAGCAAUAGCAUAUUAGCCCAAGGACCUAAGAUACUUUGGAUAUGCCCUAGAAUGAAAUGAGAAAGUAGUAGAGCUUUGUUAAAAACUUCAGAACCACAGAGCUGGUCUACAAGAAAUAAUGGAGGCAAGAAUCAAUCGUGUUUGCAACCGAAAUACAUGCAAGUCAGUGCCAUACAGACAGUUUCAAAACAUUAGAAGGAACUGGAAUAGAAGUGUAUGGGCCUAAAAUCUACUACUACUCUGAAAGUUUGGGUACAUACCGAAGGAUCUUCCAGGCGGAUAUUCACGCCAUUGAGAAAUGUACUCAGUUCAAUAUCGAAAGAAACCAUCGAAGACAACAGAUGAUCAUCAUGUAUAGCCAAGAAACCAUUAAAGGACUGAACUUAUACACAGUGUUGUUCCUAGAGGUUUUGAAAUUGUACAACUUUCAAUGUCAAAAUUGAACACUUUUACGUUCGACUGUACAACCACUAAUUAUUCUUCUUCUUUUUCACUGCCAGCCUAUGAUCUACCACUUCUCGAUACAUAAAAUUCUUCUUUUUUCCAGUUUCAAAAACAUUUUUAAUUUAAAGCGAUGUACUGAUUGGUCGCGAAUGGCGCCAAAUUUAUACUUUAUUUUUUUUUAUUAAUUUAAAUUCAUAUGAUAUAACGAUUCGUAGACUUUUUAGCAGAAGAAAGCCUUUUAUAUACCAGAUUUUACAUAAAUAUUUAGUAACUUCAAAUUGUAAAACAUUUCUCCCUUACUUCAAAAGUGUAUACAACAUUGCAACCACAUAACUGAUUGUACAACUUUUUGCGCAAUUGUACAACUUUUUGUACAAUUGUACGACCAAGAACAACACUGCUUAUACGUAGUCAGCUCAAAAAUGGGCUAGAGAUGCCUAGAAAAAUUGAAUGAGCUAGGCGAGGAAAAUACUAACUUGGGUCCAAAGUCAUAACGGGAUAAAGGGUAACAAGAAUUGGGCAGCAGAAGAACCGAUAAUUGGAAGGAUCUCUUGGGGCUAAGACAGGCUAAGAUACUUAUAGGAAUCCUUACCGUGCAUUACAGAUUCAAACAAAACCUUAUUAGUAGAAGAUAGUGAAUACAGAUUCUGAUGACACUUCCAUUCACAUUAUGUCUGAAUGAGUAGCAUUCCAGAAUCCAAAGGUACUAUACUUAGGAGCAUACCAAAUAGAAGAUAGCGAUCGAUUCAAAUUCUACAUUUCCUUGAAAAGAUAAGAUUGGAAAGAUCAAGACUACCCUUGCUGCAUUAGUGACAAAUAGACAUUUUAGGUUAAUGCAAUAAUACUAUUAAUAUCCCAUGCAUAACAAAACAGAUAAAUUACUCAGAUGUAAAAUAAUAUUCUGAGUUGCCACAAAUAGUGGAAAAAGUUAACCCUACGUCGUCGGGCGCAUAUGAUCUGAUAGAUUGUCAGCGCACGAUUUUUUAAAUAUUUAGGAGGAAAAUAAAUUUACGGCGCAGAAUAAGCAGUUAAAUUUGUGAUUCCAAAUACGAGAACUUGUUUUACUCACAGUUAAAUCUCACAGAUUCAUUGCGCCUGUGCCUGUAAAUUUUUUCUAAAUGUUACUGACUGUAAACCGCGUCCGAUAUACGGACGCAUCUUUGCAAAGGACGCGAUAUUAAUAGGUUUGUUUAAACUGACUUACUAUUGUUUUAAAUUACUAUUUUUUUUGUUGAAGUUCGCAUCGCAAACAAGAAAUUUUGUACAACUUUAUUACGAGGGUGAAUCAAAAUCAAAUCCAUUACCAAAUUUAACUAUCUUGGCGGGAUCCCUUUCCCCAGACAAGCUCAGCUUUAGGGGUUAAAAUUCACUAGUAAGGGGGUGAAUUAGGGAGAGUAUUAUUAUAUUAUUAACAAUUUGCUACAAGUGAAAAUAAAGUAGUUGAUGUCAUAUUUAAGAAUCUUCAAUAGCUUUUUUACAGUUAAUGGCAUGCGCGUCGUCAAAUCUGCAGUGGAAUUCUCAUCUUUCAAUAGAGCAUAUGCCGAGACGUCUAUCUUCGUUCGACAGACUGCGAUUCUUAUGUAAUGUCUCUCUCUGUUCAACACAUAACGUGUUGAGUUCGCACAUAAAACUUCCUGUGCUGGUCAGUGAUUGGGCAUUCUUCUUCUUUCUCUCUCUAUUCUGACUCUCCUAUGGAAUAUUUACUCAGAACAAUUUUUUCUUCAUGUUUAUGAAGUAGUUGAGCUGCGCGUGCGCGAUAUCUGACAUCACUCACUACAAUUCUUUCAAGAGUUAAUUUGGCUCACCUUUUGUAAUUGUGUUUCAAUAUUUCUUAUUAAUCUGCUCUCCUAGCAAGGUCUAGGAGUUAUUUAGUCCUUUGUUUCCAAAAUAUUGACAGAUUUCAUGGUUUCAGUCGAUCAAUAUUUGUUUUCCUCUGGUCCCCUCAAUUGAAAAGUUUCUGCGUUUAUUAAUUUUCAAAUUAGAAGAAAAUCAAAACUGCCAUUUUGAUACUAGGACUGGGCCAUUAUCAAAAAAAAUUGAUUAUAAAAAAUAAUCGAUUAUUUUCGAUUAAUCUAAAUAAAAGAAUAAUCAAAAUUUUCGAAAUAAUCGAUUAAUCUACUAAUCAAAAUAAUUGAUUAAUCGAAAUAAUCAAAAUAAUCGAUUAACUGAUGUAAUUGAAUAAUCGAAAUAUUCAAUUAACCGAUUUAAUCGAAUACUCUAAAUAAGCUAAAUAAAC